GGAACAGCCGGCGAUAUACCCUCCCCCUUGCCUUGGUUGCUAAAGCUAAUUUAGCUAGCUGACUGGCUAAAGCUAACGUUCAUUUAGCUAGCUGACUGAGUUAACGUCGUUCGCGGAAGUGGACAGUGAAUGUUUUUUUUGCGGGAAGCUUCAGGUGAGAACAUAAAGGUUUUUGGAAAACAAUUUGGUUAACCGAAGAAAGAGUAUUCAGCCAUAGUUAGCAUGUAGCUAGCUAUACAAGUUUACAUAGUUACCCGUAAAACAUUUGGAUUAGCUACCCGUAAGACAUUUGAUUUGGAUUAGCUAGCAUAGUAAAUAGCUACUAACGUUAGCUAAAUAUCGAGUUGAGUUUAACUUUGCUAAGCUAGCUAGCUAACGUUACUACCGGUCGCAUUAGAUACGCUAACGUUAGUCUGAUUAAUCAGGCUUUAAUACACAAUUCACGUUAAUUGGUUUACAAAUAAUUGUUUAUUACAGCCUGUUUAAUCAGACUACGAUAACGUCAGCUUGCUACCUCAUAACAUACACUUUCUUCGCCGUCGUUGGACAGUUUGGACCUUUUCCAUUACAGUAAAAUAAUCAUUCGUUUAUAGCUGCAUGUUCUUUUAAGCUUACGCUUGAUACCUCUUUGAACUAAUGAAAGGCGUUGUGUUUGUCUUGUUUUAUCAGCAACUGUAACAUUUCACGGGCCAAAUGUGUUGAUUUGUUGGGCACAUGCCAUUGAUGAUCUGUUGUUCAAUCAAAUGGCUCAAUGUUUACAUUACUCAGUCAAUUUAAAUAUCUAAACAAAUAACGAAAACAACAUUUAACUGCAGGCUAUGCUAUGAGCUCUUAGAAAAACGGAUGGAUAUUGUCAUGUUUUGUCAACAGGACCAGAGCACAGACCUACUGCUGAAAACCUGAGAGCACCCAUUAGAAGGAAGCUUUCACAGUCUCCCAAGUCAUGGAGAGUGGGGAUGAUGAAAUGGAGAUGACCGUGGGGGAGCUUCAGGGCUGGAUACAGGAGGAGGUGGAGAAUCAAAACUUGGUGAAACUCAGGAGGACCCAGCUGGCCCAGAUGCAGAACCUAGUGCAGCGGAAGGAGAAGCAGGCCCUCUGCACCCGCAGCCUUUUCAACACCGCCUGCGAGUAAGUGUUUUUCAGCCUGUUGACCUAAGUUUUUAGCCUGGUCCUAGAUCUGCUGUCAUGUUGACUUCUUGUCACUUUCUCAUGCCAAAUAGAAAUGUUUGGCUUGACCGUGAGCAGUGGCGUUGGCAAGAGCACAAACAGAUCUGGGAUCAGCCUGUAAGUGUUGUUUUUUGGUCUGCAAUGCUUGCAUCUUAUUUUUAUUGCAGCUUAUUGGAUGACUGUCAUUCAUAUUCCAUUGACCCAGCUCAAUGUAACAUCGAUAGGUUUAGGCUACUACAUGAUACUAGAAUUUUCCCUAUACCCAUCAUGAGGUUGCCACAACCUAGCUACGAAUGAAAGUUUAUAACAGGUCAGAGAGAGAGACAAAUUGGAGUAAUCAAGGCGACAGACAUUGACAAAUUCAGUACCGCCUUGCACACUCUUGCCUACAUCUAGCUGAUCUAGGAUGUAAUCAUUAGUCCAAACGUUGCAAACAAGAGUUUCUAUUGACAAUAUUCAGGUAGGUUUAUCCCCGUUUUGUUCCGAAAAUCGGCAGAAUGAAAACAAGGGGUGUGCAGAGUACUCAAGUGGCGGCAGGUAGCUUAGUGGUUAAGAGCGUUGUGCCAGUAACCGAAAGGUCACUGGUUCUAAUCCCCGAGCGACUAGGUGAAAAAUCUGUCGAUGUGCCCUUGAGCAAGGCACUUAACCCUACUUGCUCCUGUAAGUCGCUCUGGAUAAGAGCGUCUGCUAAAUGACUAAAAUGUAAAUGUACUCUGACAAAACAUGUAUUGUAACGGUGUCGUAAUUAUCAGUGAUCAGAAUAAUUCACUCACUUUAAGUCACUCACAGUCAAUCGUCUCAUGGCACAAGUGUCCCCUUCUCCAAACAUCAUGUAUGAAUUAGAAUCCGUAGCUAGUCAUUGUUGUUCAAUAUACCUAUUUUGUAUCGACUUUGCUGAGGCGAUAUGGUUGUUUUUGUCUGUCUACUUGGCAUUGUUUAGUAGGCCUACUUUGUCUCUGUAUAAUUAUUCCAUUGCUAACAACGUCUGUCAAAUCAAAUCAAAUCAAAUCAAAUUUUAUUGGUCACAUGCGCCGAAUACAACAGGUGCAGACAUUACAGUGAAAUGCUUACUUACAGCCCUUAACCAACAGUGCAUUUAUUUUAAACAAAAAAAGUAAGAAUAAAACAACAACAAAAAAGUGUUGAGAAAAAAAGAGCAGAAGUAAAAAAUAAAGUGACAGUAGGGAGGCUAUAUAUACAAUAGAAUAAAGUGACAGUAGGGAGGCUAUAUAUACAGGGGGGUACCGUUGCAUAGUCAAUGUGCGGGGGCACCGGCUAGUUGAGGUAAUAUGUACAUGUGGGUAGAGUUAAAGUGACUAUGCAUAAAUACUUAACAGAGUAGCAGCAGCGUAAAAAGGAUGGGGUGGGGGGGCAGUGCAAAUAGUCCGGGUAGCCAUGAUUAGCUGUUCAGGAGUCUUAUGGCUUGGGGGUAGAAGCUGUUGAGAAGUCUUUUGGACCUAGACUUGGCACUCCGGUACCGCUUGCCGUGCGGUAGCAGAGAGAACAGUCUAUGACUAGGGUGACUGGAGUCUUUGACAAUUUUGAGGGCCUUCCUCUGACACCGCCUGGUAUAGAGGUCCUGGAUGGCAGGGAGCUUUGCCCCAGUGAUGUACUGGGCCGUACGCACUACCCUCUGUAGUGCCUUGCGGUCAGAGGCCAAGCAGUUGCCAUACCAGGCGGUGAUGCAACCAGUCAGGAUGCUCUCGAUGGUGCAGCUGUAGAAUUUUUUGAGGAUCUGAGGACCCAUGCCAAAUCUUUUUAGUCUCCUGAGGGGGAAUAGGCUUUGUCGUGCCCUCUUCACGACUGUCUUGGUGUGUUUGGACCAUGAUAGUUCGUUGGUGAUGUGGACACCAAGGAACUUGAAGCUCUCAACCUGUUCCACUACAGCCCCGUCGAUGAGAAUGGGGGCGUGCUCAGUCCUCUUUUUUUUCCUGUAGUCCACAAUCAUCUCCUUUGUCUUGGUCACGUUGAGGGAGAGGUUGUUGUCCUGGCACCACACGGCCAGAUCUCUGACCUCCUCCCUAUAGGCUGUCUCAUCGUUGUCGGUGAUCAGGCCUACCACUGUUGUGUCGUCGGCAAACUUAAUGAUGGUGUUGGAGUCGUGCCUGGCCAUGCAGUCAUGGGUGAACAGAGAGUACAGGAGGGGACUGAGCACGCACCCCUGAGGGGCCCCCGUGUUGAGGAUCAGUGUGGCAGAUGUGUUGUUACCUACCCUUAUGUUGUGAUCCAAGCCCAUGGUUACCUACCCUUAUGUUGUGAUCCAAGCCCAUGGUUGCUAUUAUUUCUUCUCGCCCGGGCAUGUUUACAGAGCGACAGAUCAAAAUUACAAAUGUAGAUAGUUUAUUUUGAUAGUACAAAUGUUGUGGCAUUAGUGUCAGGAGAGAAGUUUUCCUCCUCUCGAAAGUGAAACGAUAUACGGGGCAAGCGAAUUAGCCUAGCUUCCUCUAAAUCUGUGUCUGGAAUAAAUACAGGCAGUAGUAGACAGCCAUGCAUUAGGGUAUGUAUUAGCCUAUUUCAUUGAUAAUUGAAUAGGACUAAGUAUGUUAAUAGCCUGAUGUGCAUUUUAUCUGCCAGGGUUGUUUACCUUUGAACAAUGUGUGUGAAGGAACAUAACGAUGCGCUCUGAGUGAUAGCGCACUUGAGGUAUAGGCUUUACCGGCAUUUAAAGCGCACUUCCGGGUUUUCCGAUCACGAGUAGAUCCAAUUACGAGUACCAACUGUGAUAAAACUGAAUGAGUAUGACGAUUGGCACACCCCUAAUGAGUACACCCCUGAUCACCCGCACACACGGUUCACUUUCAAAGCAGCCACAUACAAACUGCAUCAUUACUUUGCUCUGUUGAGGAAAACUCAUUACAGUAAUCGGUCAGAACCUAUUUAUCACCAAUAAUAAUUUAUUCAAGCAAUUGCAGGGAAAAUGUAAGAAAAUGUAAGAUCACUCUCCGGAUAAACCGGAGAGGAACUCAAAAGUAUACAGAAUCACACUUUCAUUUAUAUACUUCAUCUACACAAAGAGCUGCUUACCCCUCCAAGGGGGAGGCAAGCUUACAUGAGAGAUAAGGGGUACUUGGAUCCACUUUCUUAAAACAUUGUACAAACAAGAACAGGUUCUAACCAGUUCUCACAGCCUAUGGGUCUAAGAAAGGGGAGUGAUAAGGUCUUUAGAGUCUUAACAGAUGGAACAAGAAUUCAGCCUGGCUGGGCCUUUAGGAGCCAGUAACAGAUCACUCCUUUGUGCAGUGUGUGAAGAGGGUACUGGACAGCUGUGGAAAAUUACCAGUGACGUAGUACCAUUCAACUCAAGCAUUUACAUAGCAUUAGACUGUAACAUAACCAUUUUCCCCCAACAGCUCGUUGUACAAUUCCUUCUCGCAUCUACGCAGUCUCCUCCUCUCAUCUUUUGGACUUCAGUGCACAACACAACAGCUGUCUGUGACCAGGCAGAAAAAAAAUGUCCAAGCCAAACCUUCAUACCAUAAGCGCUAACAGCUACACAUCGUUUUCACCAUAUUAGCUAAUGUCAUAGUCAACAUAGCUACUAGAACGAAAGCGUUAGUAAACCCGCUACAGUCACUCAGUACAGUGUAGCAGUUACCCUGGGGGCCCCGGUGGCAAUAAAUGAAUACAACCGAAAGCUUACCUUGACUUGGAAGCGUUUCAGUGUUGGAUAGCCUUACAUUGGAUAGCCAGCUAGCCAACAUAAAUAGCAUUCCUCUCUGUUUGAAUCAGGUGUUUGAGUAGGCUGAAUUAGCUAGCUGCAUUAGCUAGUAAGUGAAAGUGAGAAAAUAUGAAAUAUAGCUAGCUCUCUCGCUGCUGCUUCUCUUUAAUUUUUUAAGAAAUUCAUUUGUUAAAACCUGUUAAACUAUUGGCUUUCUCUCUUAGUCAACUAUUCACCACAUUGUAUGCACUGCAGUGCUAGUUAGCUGUAGCGUAUUUGGUGACGUUAAUAUAUUUAAUAUAGUUUUAUCUAAAAAGGAUAACUUUUUUUUAAAUAUUUCACUUCAUUUUUCAGAAAUGUACUGAGUAGGAUGAUCCUCCCUUUCCUCCUGAGGAGCCUCCACUGCAGCAUAUACAUGUGAGACUGUUGGGUCUGCAGCAGUGCUUUUGGAUUCGUGGCUGUGGAUUUGUUGUGCACUGAUUUGACUGUUGACAUUCCGAAGGCUGCAGUUCCGAAUUCUUCGGAAGCCUCUUCCCGAUAGCUAAAGAUCCGAAGCUUCUGUGUAGGAUUCUGUACUUUAUGCACAGUCUCUGCUCUACUCGUUCUGCUGUCCAGAGAACAGGCUACUCUGACGAAUCUUUGUUUAAUGAAGUUUAACAAAGCUAAAUCAAUGUCUGCAAGAUCACAUAAUGAUAGAUUCUACAUAACAGAACCGACUAUAAUAGCAUAGUAUAACGUUACUGUAAGACAAAAAACACAACCUAAUUUCUUAUGAGAUUUUAGGAUGAUUGUGUGAUUGGUCACAUUUUUCUCUCAUGCGGACAAAACUCAACAGUGCUAGGCAAAAUAUGUGCUUUGAUUGAAACAACACAGGUAUGCUACAGUUUGUUAAAACCAUCUGCUCUAAAAUUAGCUCACUGUACAUAAUUCAAAACAAAACUACUUCAAAACAACAGUACAUAACUCAAGAAGAUGUAACUGCAUAUUCCCAUAACUGUUUUGAGAUCAAAUAGUUGGUAUGCAGAUGCUGCGUGGGCGUUUCACCAGUAAAACUUUAAGAGUUAUAAUUCAUGAUUGAGUGAGAUGUGAAGGCAGGGUUACCAUAAAAAUGUGUGCAUAGAGGUAAAGAAAUAUAUGCACAGAACAUGGGGAAGAAACUUCCAGGGGGGCGAAACAGGGUUGUUACCUUCGGGGUCUCUACCUUGACUGUUUCUCCACAGGUCUGUGGUGGAGUGUGAGACCGUUAUGAAGGAUCUGUACAGCAAACUGGGCAUGGAGUACAGAGACACAGACUCUGAAGAUGAAGGAGUGGGCCAGCAAAGCGUCAUCGAGAUCGAUGAUGGGGAUGCGGACAGAAACGACAACACCAUGGCCACAGACAGUGGUAAGGGAUUGAGGGAAAUGUUGUUUCAAUGGGAACACAGAGGGGAUGUGACCCUCAAUCCCAAUCAGUUAUGCUUUAUUCUUUAAUGAAUCUCCUUUCGAUCUUUUUCUCAGUUGCUGCUUCCGAAUCUGCUCCUGAAGGAGUCCCAGCUACAGACAGUGACACAGAAAAUGUGAGAACAGCCAGAUAGGAUGCAAAUGCACGUGCGCACACACAAACACACACACACACACUUCUAGGUGUCUGGUCUCAGCCAUGCUCCUGACAUGCUUUUCUCUCAUUCUUCCUUAGUACAAUGACAUGGCAGAUUACAUGGAGAGCAUGCCAUCCUCUCCAGCUGUGACCAACCCUUUUGUGACUGUAACUGUUGCCCCAAAUGAAGCCUCAAACUCUAGUGAUACUCCAGCAACUCCCCUUGCUCAAUCAGAUUCUGAACCACCAAGUCCACAAGAAGACAGUGGUGAUGAGUAUACUCCGUCAAAAUCAAAAAAGAUCUCAACAAAACGUCCCGAGUCCAGCAAACGUGGACGGCGGAGAAAAGGUGAAGGGAAGAGAAGAGAAUCUGCCCGAACCAAGCAUCAAGUUGUGUCCUACAGGAAAGACUCGCCUCUUGCCCCUUCAAAGCCCAGAGCAGGUGACUCCUCUGCAUUGACGAAACAGCAGAACUCAAGCAAAGGUGGCACAGCUUCCCCACCAAAAUCACAAGAGCCCGGCAAGAGUGAGAAAUCUGCUGCCAAACCACAAGAGGCCAGCAAAAGUGGUUCCAAUGCUCCAUCAAAACCACAAGAGGCCAGAAAAGGUGACUUAUGCUUUGCAUGUUGGAUUUCAAAUGUCUGACCUUGUUUUGUGUUAUUGAUCUUCUCUAAAUUGCUUGCAACUUGUUGUCAAUGAUAUCUUCAAUGACAAUCUUUAGUGCUCAUGGUGGUCUUCUCGCUCUCUGACAGAAACGUCCACUCCGUUUGUGGUGACCAGCGUGUCACAGGCUCCGACCCAUGCACCCAACCCUGCCACUCAGCCACCCCCCGGCCUCACAGAGGAGGAGAUCAAGACUGACAUGAUGGUCCUGGCCAGGAGGAGGACCAAGACCUGGCACCCAGGCAAGAUUACAGAAAUCAAACCAACAGGUAAGAACACACACAACCACUGAUUAUUUAUAUUCUCAUUGUAUUUGUUUGUAAUGGUGUAGAUAUGUCCGUUGUCUAUGCUUGAUGUGUUUUAAUGUAUGCACAGAGCCGCAAACAGAAUGUCCCCAUGGGGAUAAUAAAGACAUUGUCUUUUCUUAUCUCAACAGUCACUUAAAAUGUAUUCCUAAAUCUUUGCUUUUAUAUCAGUAAAUGUCCUUUACGGAAUUCUUAGUUUUCUCCAUGCUCUCUAUAUCUCAACCGUUGAUGCUCCACAGAGAAUGGAAGCAGGUAUAAGGUGGACUUUAGCGAGAAGGGGAGGAGCAUGCUGUCAGGACACCACAUAGCCUUUGACCACACUGCUUCGCUGGAGCGGCUGUACGUGGGUGUGCGUGUGGUGGCCAAGUUCAAAGACGCCGACCAGUCCUGGUUCUACUCUGGCAUUCUGGCUGAGCUCCCCAACCGAAAGAACCGCAUGAGGUAUGAGAGUAAAGUGUGUGUGUGAGUAGGGCUGUGGCGGUCAUUACAUUUUGUCAGCCGGUGAUUGUCAUGCAAAUAACUGCCGGUCUCACAGUAAUUGACCAUUAAUUAACAUAAACACGUUUAGCAUAUCAUGGCUUACACCAUAACCUACAAGCCACUGAUGCGGACCUUUGGAACAUCUACAUAAAAAAUAUAUAUAUAAUAAAUCAAUUUAAUAUAGCCUACACCCCUCAAACUUAACUCUGGACCUCGAAGCCAGUUCUUCUGCAUUUUUUCAUUGUUCCCCUCUAAUCAGAGACUGAUUUAGACUUGACACCAGGUGUGUGCAAUUAUCAGGUAGAACAGACAGCAUAACAGCCCUUUGUGUUAGUGAUAGUAUUAUGUGUAUGUGUGAUUGGUGGGUGUGGUUGGAUGAUAUUAUAUGUAAACAUUAUGCUGAAAUGAUCCAUCGAUGUCUUAGUAAAGCUCUGUGGCGCUCCUCCUUGUGUUUCAGGUUCCUGGUGUUUUUUGAUGACGGCACACCUUCCUAUGUUGGCUUGCCGGAUCUUCACAUUGUUUGCAGACCACGUAAGAACAGUCUCAGACCUUUUUUUCUCUCUUACAUUUACUCAAUACUUCUUGGCUCAAUCUUGUUUGUUCCUCCUGCCAAAUGUAGGAUGUUUUAUUCAGAUCCAGCUGUUCCCUUGUAGUUGGUGAAUCCACCUGUGCCACAAGAUAUACAAAAGCAAUUCAUUGGCUUGUACGGGCAGCAAAACUCAUACUCGGGCGUUGUCAUGCAACAAGUUUAAUCUGCAAUGUAGGUGUUGGUGAGAUUCUUGUAGAAAAACACAGACACACACAAGCUAAGCCUCCUGUCUCUAUCGACUUCAGUGCCAGAGGUGUGGGAGGACAUAGAGGAUGAGGCCAACAGGGAGUUCAUCAAGGAUUACAUCAAGGUGUAUCCCAACCCGCCCAUGGCCCAGUACAGACCAGGCCAGCCCAUCAACGUGGAGUUUGAGGGGAUCCAGAGGAGGACGGAAGUAGAGCAGAUCGACUGCAGCUUGUUGUGUGUUGUCUUCAAGGUGAGACGCUACAACUGCUUAAUUUGUAAACAUUAAUUAAAUUGAUAGUGAUUGACUUGCAGUAUAUUGUGCUUGGUAUUCUGGUUAUGCUUACCUAACUAAAGUCAAAUUCUUCAAUGAAACACAUAAUGCCAAGCCUUUUUUCCUGUAUGUCUCACUGUGUGGUAAAGUGUGUCUGUGUGUUGUUCUCAGGAUGACGAACAUAAGGAAUGGGUGUACCGAGGCUCUUUGCGUCUGGAGCAUAUGGCCAACAUGAAGAAACGUGUUGAGGAGGCAAAGGAUAAACCAGCAAUGACACGGCCCAGCACUGGUAAGUGUCUGUCUAUCUCCUUGUUACUCUGUGUCCUGUGGAUAAAUAUGAACACAUCUACAGCCUUGUGUUUGUCUGAAUGAAUGAGCAUCUACGUCAGUCAUCUGUUUCCUUCCAUGGUGUGUACAGUACUUUGUCAUUCCUGUGUUUAUUUAGCGAGCACACUCUUUGUCCAUCACCCAGGGGGAGCAGUUUCGAAUACUACUACUAUCCACCAGACUAGCACGGCCGCUGCCAACAAACCUCACGUCAGCCCCUCGUCAACAGUUAUACCAGCGCAAGUCACUUCCAACAAUGUCAGCCAGGGCCAACCAGCUGCUGGUAAACAGUCAGCACCCUUAGGGUGAGUAGAAUUUAUGUCUGUGUGUUUAUACUGUUGCUGUACUCUUUUCAAAAGUGCGUCUUGCACGAAUUUCAUGAAUAUGUAUUUCCUGCAUACAUUUUUUGAUUGAAUUUUAUUAGGGCGGCAGGUAGCCUAGCGGUUAGAGCGUUGGGCCAGUAACCAAAAGGUUGCUAGUUCUAAUCCCCGAGCCGACUAGGUGAAAAAUCUGUUGAUCUGCCCUUGAGCAAGGCACUUAACUCUAAUUGCCCCAGGGUCGCCGUCAAUAAUGGCUGAUCCCUGGCUGUGCACUCUCCGAGGGGGUCUUAAGGGGAGUGGGAUAUGCAAAAAUCACAUUUCCAUUUCACACCACACGCUUGUACAGGUUACACACAGGCAAUAUAAGUACCCCUUAUUUGACCUUUGGAUCCUUGUUUCAGAAAGGCAACCUUUCCUCCCUCGUUCUUUCUCCCUCAAACCCAUGUCGUCUUCUCCCUGAUCACGUCAGGAGGCCCUACGGCCAGGAUCGUACGACCGACAAGGAGUCGUCUGUCAUCACAGCUAAAGGUUCGGUCACCUUCACCCCCCACCGUUGCUGCCCGGCCUGCCUGAACUGCAUCAGGUCAAAGGUGGAGGCCAAGCACCGUGGACGCAACCCGCUGCUCGUCCCCCUGCUCUGUGAGUUCCGCCGCAUGAAGGGCCGCCGCCGGGUCAAUAACAAGGUGCGUGUAGGGUGAAGUUGCCCCUAGAUGCUGAUCUUGGGUUAGUUUAGCAUUUUCCCCUCUAAUGGUUAAGGUUAUGAUUGGGGGAGGUGAAGCUGAUCCUAGGUCUGUAACAAGGUGAGCACCUAGCUGAUUGGACUGUUUGGAACAUUAUACUUCAUGAUACAGAACUCUGCCAUUACCUAUAUUGAUGACUCCGCUCCAGGGGGGCUGUGACGUGCCUGACACUGGAGAAUUGGGAGCAGAGCAAUUGACACAUUUCCAUUGUAACAGAUGGAAAAUAAUGGAUCAUUCUGUUGUCAUCCAAGGUUCAUACUUCUUGUAGUUAUUCAAAACUCUGGUAUGGUUAUGCUCUCUCUUUAUGUUUUCUCACCUCCUUCCUCCUCCUCUGGCCCUCUGUCUCUCAGACGUAUUUCCACAUCUUCUACCGGUCUCCGUGUGGCCUCAGCCUGAGCAACAUGACUGCGGUGCAGGACUACCUUCAACAGACCCGCUGUGACUUUCUCUUCCUGGACAUGUUCUGCCUGGACCCCUUUGUGUCUGUGACCACCACCCACCAGCCCCGGCCCUACAAGAUCAACAUCCCAGACCUGACGCUGGGCAGAGAGAACCAGCCGCUGUCCUGCAUCAACGAGCUCAACAACAUCCGGCCACCCUCGGUGAUCUACAACAAGCAGCGCGUGGCAGCCAGUGGGGUCUCCCUCAACACUAGCUCUGACUUUCUGAUGGGCUGCGACUGCACCGACGGCUGCAGGGACAGGUGUGUCCCCCAGGGGUUAAAGUUCUCCAUCACUGUGACGUAUUUCCGUAAAAUGUUUGAAAGGACUGGACUAGCAGUUUAAUACAUGUACAAAAUAAUCCUCUUUCCCUAAGAGCAUGAUGGUCAUGACUUUUUUAUAUGAAAGGGGAGGUUAACUUGGCCCCGCAGACAAUCGAUUUGAGAUCGACUUACGUUUCAGUCAUGGGAUUUUUGUUGUUGCUUUAACCCCUGGUGUGUCAUGGUGCCAUGUUUUUGAUACUCCUUGAUUUCUGUAAUGCAAAGUAUGUACUAAGAUGUAAAGGUAGUAGCUGAAGAGGGGUGUAAUUCCCUAAUGUGGCACAUCUCAAAUAUUCCAGGUCAAAUUACAGCUCAUCUAUAUCCAUUCACCCAAUGGUGAUGUCUUAAUCCAAAUAUAUUCAGGGGUAUAUAGGGUAUGUGGAGGUUGUUUUGACAUAUGUAUUUAUGGACAUGUAUAUUGUGUUGAUGUAGGUCGGCAUGCUCCUGUCACCAGCUGACCGUCCAGGCCACAGCCCUGUUGCCAGCGGGCCCUGAGGACGUUAACGCUGGCUACACACACAAGAGGCUGGAGAAACGCCUCUCCACAGGGUGAGGCUGUCAAUGUAUCUCUUCAUUUCCAUCUUGUCAAUUUAUCCAUCAGUCGCAGUAUCCAUUUGACUGUUGGUCUCAGUUUUCUCCUUUCUCUCAGCUCUUUCUCUGCAUUUGUUAUCUGUGACAUGCUUUGAGAGCAAUGUCUGAAAAGCCAUUAUUAUUAUUAUUAUUAUUAUUAUUAUUAUUAUUAUUAUUAUUGUUAUUAUUAUUAUAAUAAUAAUAAUAUCUAUAUCAACCACCUCCCUCUGUCUGCAGUAUAUAUGAGUGCAACGCACUGUGCCGCUGUGACCCACGGGUGUGCUCUAACCGGGUGGUGCAGCACGGCCUUCAGCUGCGGCUACAGCUCUUCAUGACCGUGGGGAAGAGCUGGGGAAUCCGCUGCCUGGAUGACAUUGCCAAGGGCACCUUCAUCUGCACCUAUACUGGUGAGUGAAUUAGGAACCCAAUCUAACCUAAUUUAACCCAACACAGACAGAAAAUCUGCUGUUAAGUAUGACUUCUGUUGAUUACAUACUAGGGCUGACCCCAUUUUAGUCGUCUGGUCGAUUGUGUGGUCGAUAGGCUGUUGGUCAACCGAGAUUUAUUUAGUCGAGCAGUAGCAAAAAUGCGCUUUCUCCCACGCUGGAUAGCGGUCGCUGUCCGUGGUUCUGAAACGCAUCAGUGCGCUGUUGAAUUGCCGUAUUUUCCUAGACCAUGUUGCUAUGUGCAUAAUGGCAAAUUUAACCAGCAUAUUGGUGUUGAGAACAAUGCGGCGGAGGCAGCAGCAGAGUUAGGAGACGAGAAACAGCCCUUGCCUUUAAUUGUGUAAGAAAAGUGAGGAGAGAGGAAACCCUACCUUAGUUAGUUCUAGAAUCAAUAGUAGGACUGACCCCUUUCAGUCGACUGGACGAUUGUUUGGUCGAUAGGCUGUUGGUCGACUGAGAUUUCUUUAGUCGAGCAGUAGCAAAAAAAUAUAUAUGUCAUGGCGUACCAGACACCGGUCUGAUUGGGGCCUGUCUGAGUGGACUGAUCCAUUGUGGAGGCUGUGGGGAUGGCACAGUCCAUCAGUCUAAGAUGUGCUACUGAAAUUGUAUAUGGUUAUAUUACGUAAGAACAAUGGUGCAAUACUAAUAAAAAAUAAUAUUAUUUUAUAACAAAUGCGCUUUCUCCCUCAUUGGAUAGCAGUCGCUGUCCACGGUCCUGAAACACAUUAGUGCGCUGUUGAAUUGGCGUCUUUAUAAUAGCAACGUUAUCCAGCAUAUUGGUGUUGAGAACAAGGCAGCAGCAGAAUGAGAUGAGAAAACAGCCCAUGCCUUAUUGUCUAAGAAAAGUGAGGAGAGGAAACCGCAACUUAAUUAGGUCUAUACUGUUAACCUAACUGUUAAAUGUGCCUGGCUUUAUAAAUCAUAAAUAUAUCUACAAAAUAAAGACAGAUCCUGCUUCUGUUGCCUGUUUGAGUGUUUGUUUAAUAGCCUACUGAUUCCGUGAUAUUUAUAAUAAUAAUAACGCUCCUUUUUCUUGAUCUCCUUCUUAUUGUUGUUAUUAUUACUCAUAUUAUUAUUAUUAUUAUAAUAAUAAAUGUCAUUAUCAUUAGUAGGCUUAGUAUAGCAGCCUUGUAUAACCACCAUCGAGCUGUAGGCCUAAGAGCGCAUCCUGUUUAGAAAACAAAAACAAUAACUGAUUCGAUAAGUUGAACUAAGUGCUGCGCAUAAGCUAUAUAUGAAUGGCCUACAUGUAGCCUAUCAACUUUCAGUGAACACUUUUGUUUAUAUGUUUUGUGCAUAUAAAUUGAAUAUUGCCAAAUGCAUCAGUAAAAAAUAUUGACCCUAUUUAAUGCAACCCUUGCUGUUAAUAGAUCGCAAAGCAGCAGCAUACAACUGACCUAAACGUUUGGAAAUGAUAAGUUCACUUUCUCAUCCAUAGCCUUAAAACACAUCUCAAGUGCUCACAUCUGAAGGCUGGGGGGCAUUUAGGACAUACUGCAGAUCGUUAAAUUAUCCUAAUGAUUAUGAUCACACUUCUUCAAUUCAAAUAUUAUGGCAACACUAAAGGAAAUAUGGUUUGGUAUGGUUUAGAAACUUGGGAACCAAGCUCGAGUUAUCAGUGUGGCCCUAUCACCUGGACAUGUUGAAAUACUGUAUCUUCACGCCUAGAAUAAAAACCUCCAGGUUUCCUUCAUAACUGUCCAUUUAUUGUGAAAACAGAAAGAAUUACUGGGGUCAGUUUGGAAAAAAACUAAUCCCGUCCAAAUCGUCUUCUGGAAUAACAGACAUUCUAGUAAUACUAGUCCUGUGCUAAUAGGUCUUUGGUCAUGUGCAUGCGAUGCAUACAUGUGUCAUGUAAAGAGAGCAAGGGUUGAGGGAAUAGGGAAUGUUUUUCCUAAUCAAAUUAGGAAUUUUGGUAACAUAAUUUUCCAGUCAGAAAUGGCUGUAAUUAUGUUUAAUUAUCGGACAGUGCGAUAAACACUUUGAUGUUCUGUGGUGGUCGCUGCAGCAGGGAGGAGAGAGUGACAACCGGUGCUAGUCACAGACACUCGCUGUCUUCCUAUUUUAUUUUUUACAGUGCAGCAAGUCUGAGCCAGGCGGCACAAUCAAAUCAAUUGCGGUCGGACUCCCUCUAGUCAUUUGUGUGUCUAAAUUAUUUCAUCAAACAGUUUGCCAAAAGCGUCAGACAAGCUCAGUGCAUAUAGUUGAUUUGAUUAAAUACACAUUUAAAAAUGUCUACCAAUCGAUUGGUCCAAAGAACAGACUACUCUUGGUCGACCAAUAAUUUUUUUUUGUCGGGGACAGCCCUAUUACAUACACUAUUACUCUUAUUCUGCAGUGUAUAUAUCAUUUUAGUGCUCAAUCCCUCUAGUAAUGUUACCCUUUUCUUCUUCUCUCCCUCUACUAUUGCAAUGUCAUUCUUCCUGUUAUACUGCACACAAUGCUCACAAAUUUUUCCUUUGCCGUCUCUCCCCUUAGGGAUAAUCAUGAACAAGAAGAGUUUGAGCACAGAGGGCAACAUGUACGUGGUCAACCUGAACCAUAUAGAGGGAGCUGAGAGCAAGGAGGGUUACGAGAGUGAGGCCCGCUACUCCGACAAUGAGUCAGGUACAGACACGCAGAGCCUGGCCUCACCUGCAGCCGUAGCAUCAGAUCUACCCUAUCUGUGUAUUAUGUUUAUAUUAAUGUGAAAAAGAUACACUGGGUUUCCAUGUCGAUUCAUGAAUUGUAAAUGCACAUACCCAGUGGGGAGACAGAGAGCAGGGAGUGCAAGGAGAAACAACAGAACUGACCAUCUCUGUAAUGUUGCGGCCUCUGUUCUCCAUCAGGUUCAGAAGAAGAGCCCAUAGAAGAAGACAACAGUGAACAUGAUGAUCACUGUGAUGGAGGUGAUGAUGAGGAAGAGGAGGGAAACCACGAUAAAGAGCAUCUACGUAUAAAGAAGAACUCGUAUGAUGAUGAAGAAGAACCCAGUGACUAUGAGGACAAUUAUGAGGACAAGGAUUACGAUGUCAGUGAAGAUGAUGGUGGCUCUGAUGAUGACUUCAGGCACAAAGUCUCCUCUAUGGAGAGGAGCUACAUCACCCGCAGGCAUGCCAAAAUACUACAGGAGGGUAAGAGGAAACAGUAUACACAAAAGUAUAAUGAGAGAAAAACAAACAUGGAGGGAAACGAAAAAGCUUACUGAGGUUUAGUAGAGCAUUCAUUCUUAUUUGGUUUGAUAAAUGUUGGUCUCUCAAAAUACUGUUGGAAGGUAGAGGAAAGUAAAGCACAGACAAAAAUAUAGACAGAAACGUGUUUAUGAAUUCUCCACUUUUGUUUCUGGAUUUAAAAAAAAUAAGUUAUAGGACUUUGGUUCCCAGACUAAUCAAAUAACACUUCUCUCAUAGACCCAGCGAAGAAAUCGGGCUCUGAUGCCAAAUCUUCUGACCAGCAGGAUGGUACAGCAGCGGGAAAUGACAAGGAGGCCUCAAAUGCCACUAGGCGUUUCUUUGAUGGCGAGGAGUCAUGCUACGUCAUCGAUGCAAAGAUGGAGGGGAAUGUGGGUCGCUACCUCAAUGUGAGUCAUGAGGAGAAAUAAUCAGAGGGGAUCGUGUUCGAUCGUAUGCCCUGAUUGUAUGAUUUUGCCUAUAUCCAUACUUCUCAGAGAUCCGCCAACUCAAUAUCUUAUCCUGUUUUUCUCUCUACAGCAUAGCUGCCACCCAAACCUGUUUGCGCAGAAUGUUUUUGUGGACACACAUGACCUUCGAUUCCCCUGGGUGGCCUUCUUUGCCAACAAGUUAGUGACCUUCUGUUAUGACUUAUGGGAUAUUAUCUAUUGCUUGUGCUAAUAGUUGGUAUUUUGAGAGUCCAAGCCAGGAUUAAUGUGUUCUGCUCAUGCCUUUGGCUCUAUAAUAAAUGCCCAUGCCCAGGUGGACUAAAGCAUGUGCAUUAUAAUAUGCACUUCUGUAUAUUCAUCAUAUUGUCUCUGUAUUUUUCAGGCGCAUCAGAGCUGGUACAGAGCUGGCGUGGGAUUAUAAAUGUGAGCUUGGUGUGAAAAGGUCAUCAAGAGUCCUUAAUUGUCGCUGUGAUCCAGAGUGCAGGGAAAAGUUAUGAAAGCCCAUACUACAUCUUCCAGCUUCACCGCUGCAGUCAAUUUAUGAAUAUGCUGUAAUAGAUAGUCUUAACCAUUUUUCAAUAAAAACAUUUAACGUUUUUGUAUUUUAAUCAUGCACUGCCUG